ACAGCCAUAACAACAAAAAAAAAAUCACAUAGUAAGGCAGUAUCAGAUGUGUACAUAUUUCGAUUAAAAGAAAAUAGUAUCUGAGUAGUUUUUAAUUCUCUCGGAAUAUUCUUACUGCUCUCUACUUUCAACAGUGACUGCUAACAUUGGAAAUAGAAAUGUACUAUCAUGUGUGUCCCUUAUCACAGAGGUUGGGUUAGCAUAAUCACAUAUAUUUAUGGGCGCUAUUUUUAUCAUUGACAGUGAAUUUCGUUUCAAUCAACCUAUACAUAUACAAUCUAACCAUCUCAGUAAUUAGUACCUGCGUUAAUUUUACAAGAUGCUUACUCAGCUGAUCAUGUGGUACGAGAGGAAAAUGAGUUAGUGGAUGGCGGAACAGGAAAACGAAAAAAAAAACCUUGAGCAUACACUAGACGAUAAAUAUAUUUCGGAAUCAUAGUCAGAUCGGGAUUUUUUUGCUUUAUAAUGUUUGAAAAAAUGGCAUAUAACAUUUGCGAAAAUCCAAAGGAAAGCCUUGGCAUAGAUGUUGCCUGUGUCAGUGUCAUUAACGAUUACAAUACAUCAGUAUCCCUUUACUCCUUCUUCAAUGAAUGCAAUGCCUGUGUCAAUCAGCUGUGGGCUAAUGUGUCAGCAAAGAGUAAUACAACAUUGCCGGUCUCAACAAAAUGGCCCCAGCACAUGUACUAUGUCCAGAACAAUCUCCAGUGGUGUCAUACAACGUACAAAUUCAUAGAGCAUGGACAUUAUGGCUGGAAUUUAUCUCACGACUCGAUAUGUUCGUUCAUUUAUACAAUUCAGGAGCCAACGAAUCCAUACCUUCCGAUUCUGGCUGCUUUUGUGGUUCUGAUAAUUGGCCCAUUAACUGCUAUAACAACGAAAUAUCUGAUCAACAUUGUCAGAGGAUUUCUCUGGAGAAGUACUGGUACUGAUCAUGAUGAUACAGGACCUCUCGAUGACUCGGGGCAGGUGGACAAUGAACCACCAGUGAUCAGAGUUACAAGAGCCAGUACGAGAAUUAAAACAAUCGAUGCUUUUCGUGGUAUCGCUGUGCUACUCAUGAUUUUUGUUAACAAUGGAGGAGGAGAAUACGUUUUCUUCACACAUUCACCCUGGUUUGGCCUGACUAUAGCUGAUCUUGUACUGCCCUGGUUCGCUUGGAUUAUGGGAUUGACAAUUGUGCUCUCAUUGAAGUCAGAGAUGCGGCUCUCCAUCUCAAGACCUCGAAUUAUUCUGAAAUUCCUUCGACGUGGGCUCAUUUUGAUUUUAUUAGGAUUAAUUAUUAAUGGACAAGGGGGCACGAGCUUACCGAAUCUAAGAUUUACUGGAGUUCUGCAGUUACUUGGUGUUACUUAUUUCAUUUGUGCCAGUAUUGAAACUAUUGGAAUGAAAUCUCAACGAAAUUAUCAGUAUGGAAGAUUCGCUUUUUUGCAAGACGUUCUGGAUGCCUGGGCACAGUGGCUCAUUGUCCUUACGCUGAUUGUAAUUCACCUGUUAAUCAUAUUUCUUCUACCCGUGCCCGGCUGCCCUAUGGGAUAUCUUGGCCCAGGAGGUAACGAGUAUCGCCAGCAAUAUGCCAAUUGCACUGGGGGCGCCGCCAGUUAUAUCGACAGAAUGGUUUUUGGUAGCCACAUGUACAAGAAAAUCCAUAAUCCAGUUUAUGGAACUGUUGGUUCAUAUGAUCCUGAAGGAAUUUUAAACACCCUAUCUGCUGUACUAAUCGUCCAACUUGGUGUCCAAGCCGGGAGAAUAUUAUUCUGCUAUUACCUUCACACUGCUUCCAAAAUUGUCAGAUGGUUUUCUUGGGCAGUUUUUCUUGGAUUGGUGGCUGGUUUUCUUUGUAACUGGAGCAAAGGAGGCGUCAUUCCCGUUAGUAAAAAUAUCAUGUCAUUGUCAUUCGUCCUCACCACUUGCUGCUUUGCCUUCUUACUCUUCGGCAUUUUAUACUAUAUUAUUGAUCACAGAAAAAUUUGGAAUGGAAGGCCAUUAAUUUAUGCGGGUGCUAAUGCCCUUUUUCUGUACGUUGGUCACUACUUUACAAUGAAGAGCUUCCCCUGGGCCUGGGAAGUGAAUGAUGCUUCUCAUGCUACAGCACUCGCUAUGAAUGUCUGGACAACAGUAGUGUGGGCAUCCAUUGCCUACUUACUUUAUCGAAAAGACAUCAUAAUAACUGUUUAAUCUUCUAGAUAUUGAACACCUUCACUGUCUUAACCUCUCUCCACUGACUAUUUCCAGCUUUAAGUUUGAUGUAUUUACCAUCAUUAUAGUGAUAAAAAUAAUUAUCCAUUACCAUACCAUAGCAUUAAGACUAAUUCAUUUCACUAACCAAUAAAAAAAAGAGAAACUAGAAUUAAGUUGGCAUCGACUAUUGUGAUUUGUGAGCUGUCUUAUUCUGGAAAUUGUUUUGUAUUGAAGUGACAUGGAUAUGGGAUAAUUAAAUAAUGUAUUUACAUCCA